UGGAAAGUCCAGGGAAGUUUUGGUCAAAAGUUGUGACUACCAGCUUUGGAGAUCAAGCUCAAUGGUGACCCCUGCUCAACUAGAAACCAAGAUCCGCCGCGAGAUCGGAGCUGCGCUGGUGGAGGCUGUGGACCUAUCCGACGGCUGCGGUAGCAAGUUCAGCCUCGUAGUGGUUCACGAGGGCUUCGAAGGCCAGUCGCUACUGGAACGCCAGCGCCGGGUGAACGACUGCCUCAAAGAGGAGAUGACGCACAUCCACGCGCUGCAGAUGAAGACGUGGACGCCCGCGCAGUACGAGCAGAAGACGCAGAAGAAGCUGCCCAACACUCAGUCCUCGGGCGAGCAGUAGACAAGCAACAAGUACAUUUGCGAUUUGUCAGACAUUUUGCUGUGGAA